AUGCUCACUCUCCCUCUCGCAAUCACUUGCCUCGCUUCCCUCGUGGCCGCCACGGCAGACGAAGGCCGCCUCCUCACCCGCGCGGAGAUGAAGCGUAUCCUCUGGCGCUACGGUGCCGACCGCAAGACACUCGUGACCUGCGGCGGAGGGCCCUACGUCGGUGCGCGGAAUGGCGACAAGCUUACUCUCGCCACAGAGUACCUCCGCUACUGCAAUCCCACGUGGGGUGUGUUCGGCGACCACAUCACCUCGGUGGGUUCGCCUGAGCGCUGUAUCGACGCGACGCUCAGCCCGGGGAAUGGCGUGCAGCCGCAUAUGUGGGAAUGCUACAAUGUGCCGCAGCAGAAGUGGCGGUACCACUCUGACGGCACGGUGCGUCUCGAUGGCCGCAACCUCUGUCUGGACGUGACGGACGGCGACGCGACCAAGAAGGUGCAGAUGUGGACGUGCAGUGCUGGCAACCGGAACCAGCAGUGGGACCUUGCGUAG